UGCGCGCGGUGUAAACUUCCGCCUGGUUGUUUACUCUGUGACGCGGCGGCUCGGCUCGGCUCGGUUCGGUUCGGUUCGGUUCGUCCCGGAGGUUCUGCCGGUGUUUGUGUUCCGCGAUGUCGGCGCUUCACCCCGGAGACCCGCAGCUGGUGUCGAUGAUCGUCAGUCACCUGAAGACCGAGGGUCUGUUCGAUCAGUUCCGCAGAGACUGUCUGGCAGACGUGGACACAAAGCCGGCGUAUUUGCACUUACGACAGCGAGUGGAUAACUUCGUGUCCAAUCAUCUGGCAAACCACACAUGGAGCCCACAGCUGAACAAGAACCAGCUGAGAAACAGCAUCCGGCAGCUGGUCCUGCAGUACGUGUCCUGUCCGUCCGUCUGUCUGUCCGUCUGUGUCUGUGUCCUGAGCUUCACCGUGUGUGUGUGUGGAGUGGCUCAGGUCGUCGAUCCGAAGGUCCAUCACUCCUUUCGGCCGCAGGUGGAGCGUGUCGUCCGGAGGUUUCUGUCUCCAAACAGCCACGUGGAGGAGGAUGAGCUUCCUCCUGUAGCUCCGCCCCUUCCUGUGGAAAACCAGGAAGUCGAACUGCUGACCGCAGACAUCGGAAAUGAUCCCGCUCCGGCUGGGCGCUCCGGCGCUGAUGAUGUCCAGAUCCUGGAGACCAGCGGCACUGACCCGAGCCUCGAGCACAGAGACGAGGAGAUGGACAUCAGCCUCCCCGAGGAGACGGAGGAGGAACCACAGCCUGGGAAACAGGAAGAGGAGGAGACGGAGGAGGUGAAGGACGAGGGAGACGCCGGGAACAGCAGUAAAUCCUCAGGGAAGAUCCGAGAGGAGAACCGCACAGACACAGACUCCCAGAAACCCUCCAGCGUCAAACAGAAGACCAGAGAGAGACUCAGAGAAGAGUACUCUCUGGAGGACUCUGAUCUGGACGGUCUCAGUGACAUCACAGUGAGUUCGGUCCACACCAGCGAUCUGUCCUCGUUCGAGGGAGACAGCGAUGAGGACGAGCCCCUGUCAGACUCCACCGAGGAGGGAGAGAUCAGCUCGGGGGCUGAGGGGGGGCGGGAGACGCCGGCCAGUGAAGACUCUGAGGACAGUCGGGAGAAGAAGCCUCGUGGUGUGAGACAGGGAUACGUACACAAGCCCUUCCUGUACUCGCGCUACUACAGCGACUCUGAUGACGAGGUGACGGUGGAGCAGCGCAGACGCUCGGUGGCCAAAGACAAAGAGGAGCGUCUGUUGAAGCGGCAGCAGAAUCGCGAGCGAAUGGAGGAGAAACGCAGACUGAGAGCAGCUCAGAACGAGGAACAGGAUCAGAAGAAACUGGCGAGUCUUUCUGCGGAUCAGAGACCUCGAGCCAAAGAGGCUCGAAAAGAGAAGAAGGUCCUUGAGAAGAAAGUGGCUCUGAGCAGACAGAGAAAGAGAGAUUCCAGAAAAGAAGAUGAGACGAAGAAAAGUGAUACUGAAGGUGAUUCAGUCAAUAAAGAUGUGAACCCCGUGGGUCUGAAGCGACGGCCGUCUGAUCUGGAGGAGCAGCAGCGCAGGAGGAAGACAGACAGCGAGGAGAAACUCCCUGACAAAAACCGCAUUCACUCCUUCAUCCUGGACCUGGAGCUGGGAACAGAAGAAAGCCGGAAAACAGUUCGCAAAGACUCGCUUUCCAAAGAAAAAGAGUGCAAAGAGAAGGAGAAAGAGCGCGGCGUCCCUGACGAACGGCUCAAGCACAAACUCAAGACUGAGAGCAGGAAGAGCAGAGACGCCGCGGCCGACGAGAAAGACGGAGGGACUGCGAAAGCAGCAGCUGAUGAGAAAAAGGGGUCAAAGGUCAAGCAAGACAGGAAGAGUUCUGUGUCUUCCUGA